GUAGACUGACUCUGGUUAUUGCAGAGUUGAGUCUCUACGGUAACAUAAAAAAGCAGUGCCGACGAGCUGCGGUACUAUCGCUCAUACAUUUCCUUGUCCUGUUGUUAUUGAGACCUGACAAACCAGAUCCUGCGCGUGCUGUGUUGGACGGUAUCAUUUUGUACAGACAAUGAAGAUGUCCCUGUCUGGCUGGGUAUGCGUAGUAACUGGUGCCUCCCGGGGCAUUGGCAGAGGAAUAGCUCUCCAGCUGUCUGAAGCAGGAGCCACAGUCUACAUCACAGGACGCCAGGAGAAGACUCUGAAGCAAACUGCUGCACAGGUGACGGAAAGGGGUGGGAACUGUGUACCAGUUAUCUGCGAUUCCUCAAAGGAGACCGACAUUCAAGGACUUUUUGAGCGAAUUAGACAGGAACACAACGGCAGACUGGAUAUACUGGUUAAUAAUGCCUAUUCUGGAGUACAGGAUAUCUUUGAGAACAUGGGUAAGAAGUUCUGGGAAACUGAGCCUUCUAUUUGGGAUUCCAUCAACAACGCAGGCCUCAGGGGGCACUAUUUUUUCUCAGUUUACGCAGCCCGGUUGAUGGUGGCUCAAGGUCGGGGUUUGAUAGUGACCAUUUCUUCUUUUGGAGGGAUGCGGUACCUCUUCAAUGUGCCAUAUGGUGUUGGUAAAGCUGCUUGCGACAGACUGGCAUCAGACAUGGCUAUCGAGCUACGCCGCAGAGGUGUAGCUUCUGUCAGCCUGUGGCCAGGAGCAGUAAAAACAGAACUGGUGUCUCAGUUGAUACUGGCGAAAGAGUCACCGUUAGGUGACCACGCUAAGUUUAAAAACGUUUUUGCUGAUGGAGAAACCACAGAACUGAGCGGGAAGUGCAUUGUUAACAUGGCAAAAGAUAAAAAUCUGAUGUCACUGACUGGGAAAAUACUCAUGACUUCUGAUCUGGCUAGACGCUAUGGAAUAAAAGAUGUCGAUGGUCGAAGUGUAGCUGAUUACACUUCGAUUAAAUACCUCCUGUCCCAGGUCCCGUACCUGUCCUGGCUGUCGGUUGCCGUGCCCUCAUUCGUACGUGUGCCACGCUUCGUGAUGACCCUGGCAUUCAGCCGGUUCUAAAGAUUUCCUACAUAAACUCUCUAAUGGCAGUGUUGUCUACAGUCGCCAUUUUGUUUACUAACAGUUGAAGGGUGACGAAAGACUUAAGAUGAGCACUUUUUUUUAAAGGAAUGUUUAUCAUUUUACAUAUGUGCACACACACAAACACACACCCCUGUGUAAGUACUUAAUGACUGUGAUUCUGUGGUGGUGGAGGUAAAUGAAGUAAACACAAAGGAUGUCCCUGUAUAAUUUUCCUCAGAUGAAGACACAAUGUGAAAACCUGAAUGUCUUAUUAUAACUACAUAUUAUGGUUUUCUUAUAUAUUACGAAGCUACGAAUGAUAUUUCAGAAACACAAAAGUGUAUUUUGCACUUAUUUUUGCAUUUUAUAAAAACUGUAUUACGUAUCCUGGACACACAGUACUGCUAAUACUGCACCUGGCUGGCUAAAUAACAACCAGUUAAAUAAAUGAGUGCUAACCUGU